UCUUCAGUUGUAUCAAAGAUGGCGGCUAUCAAUACCGGCGACUUUCCAAUUCACGGGCUUUUACCCAAGCGAGAAACAGGUGCAGAGAGAUUUUUAGCUAAAUAUCCUGAGUAUGAUGGCCGUGGAAUUGUCAUCGCUGUUUUUGACACAGGAGUUGAUCCAGGAGCUCCUGGUUUACAGGAAACCCCUGAUGGACGCCGAAAAAUAAUUGAUCUAAUUGAUACCAGUGGAAGUGGUGAUGUUGAUACCUCAACAGUGGCUGAGGCUGUUGAUGGCUGCGUAACAGGACUUACAGGAAGGAAAUUGAGGAUGAUGAGAAAAUCGUUAAGAAACCACACAACAUUUUCUCUGUUCAUGAUCCCUCUCAACAUUAAGUUCAUGAUGUUCUAUGCCGUUUUGUAG